UUUUUCGUAAUGUACAAAGAAGAAUCCAAUUUGGACUCCAUUAACAAUCACCAACCAAACACUUGCUUCUCUCUCCUCUCUCUCUCUCUAGAAUCUUCUCUUUUCCCCCAAUUUUCAUCAGAAAAAAUCUCUCUCCGAUCAUCCCCAAUUUGAUUUCAGAGGUUUUUUUAUCAGAAAUUUGUAUACGCAUGAGCUGCUGUUUGGUCAAGCUGGGGUUCGCUUCAAAUUCCAAUAAUAAUCACUUGUUCACUUGUCUUUUGAUCUUUCUUCUCCAUUAUUCACCUAAUUCCACUAGUAAUAAUAAUAAUUGUGCCAGCAAUUCUGUUAUACUCACAUUAUUAUUGAGAUUAUUGACUUUUAGUUUAUUAAAUCCACAUUUCUCUCGCAAUUUAUCUCAUGGAUUCUCAACACAAGAGUAAUCGUCAACUCCAAAGAGCUCCUUGCUUCUCAAGUGCUGGACAGAGGGCCGAGGCUUCACCAUCUGUCAUUGUGAUUGGUGGGGGAAUUGCUGGCCUUGCAGCUGCUCGGGCGCUUUAUGAUGCAUCAUUUCAGGUGGUUGUUUUGGAAUCACGAGAUAGGAUUGGAGGCCGUGUUCACACUGACUACUCGUUUGGUUUUCCUGUUGACUUGGGUGCAUCUUGGUUGCAUGGUGUCUGCAAAGAGAAUCCUCUGGCACCUCUCAUUGGAAGACUAGGACUCCCUCUCUAUCGUACAAGUGGUGACAAUUCUGUGUUGUAUGACCAUGAUCUAGAGAGUUAUGCUCUUUUUGACAUGGAUGGUAAUCAAGUUCCCCAAGACUUAGUGACUAAGGUUGGCGAAACAUUUGAGAGCAUUUUGAAAGAGACUGAUAGAAUUAGACAAGAAUUCAGCGAAGACAUGUCUAUUGGUCGCGCUAUAUCAAUGGCUUUUGAUAGGAGACCCGACUUAAGGCUCGAUGGCAUUGCUCAUAAGGUGUUGCAGUGGUACCUUUGCAGAAUGGAAGGCUGGUUUGCUGCAGAUGCUGAUUCCAUCUCACUCAAGUACUGGGACCAGGAAGAAUUGCUUCCUGGUGGGCAUGGUCUUAUGGUUCGGGGGUAUCGUCCUGUCAUCAACACACUAGCAAAAGGGCUUGACAUUCGCAUAGAUCACAGGGUUACACAAGUAGUAAGACGUUAUAAUGGAGUGAAAGUGACUGUUGAGGAUGGGAGAACUUUUGUAGCUGAUGCUGCCGUUGUUGCUGUUCCUCUUGGUGUUUUAAAAUCGAACCGGAUCAAGUUUGAACCCAGAUUACCUGAAUGGAAGGAGGCUGCCAUCAAUGAACUAGGUGUAGGGAUUGAAAACAAGAUUAUUCUGCACUUUGAAAAGGUUUUUUGGCCAAAUGUUGAGUUCUUGGGGGUAGUUGCUCAGAGCUCAUAUGAAUGUAGUUACUUUUUGAAUCUUCACAAGGCCACUGGCCAUCCUGUCCUAGUUUAUAUGCCUGCGGGGCAGCUAGCCCGUGACAUUGAGAAACUAUCAGAUGAGGAUGCUGCCAAUUUUGCUUUUAAGCAACUUCAGAGGAUUCUUCCCAAUGCGACUACUCCGAUCCAACAUCUUGUUUCUCAUUGGGGUACAGAUGUAAACUCACUCGGAUCCUACAGCUACGAUGCAGUAGGGAAGCCUCAUGAGUUCUAUGAAAGGCUGAGGAUACCGGUGGAUAACAUAUUUUUUGCUGGAGAGGCGACGAGUAUGGAUUACCCAGGUUCUGUACAUGGUGCAUAUUCAACAGGACUAAUGGCUGCUGAGGACUGCAGGAUGCGUGUCCUAGAGCGGUACGGAGAGGUGGAUCUGUUCCAGCCAGUCAUGGGUGAGGACACUCCUGUUGCUGUCCCCUUAUUGAUCUCCCGUAUGUAACUAAUUUAGUUCCCAAUUAUAUAUGUAUAGACACAGUAUUUAAGUGUCAUAUGGGAUUGGCUUAACACAUCGUGUGCUGACUGCUUAGUGAAAAUUGUGGAAACUACAAGGUUCCUCAAUGAAUGAUCAAGUGUUAGCGAAUGUGUAGUCAUCUGUAUGCAGUGUUUAUGGCAUUUCUAAGUGAACUAGGAGACAAGGUCUGCUAAUAUGUACGAUGAUGCAGCUGUGGAAAUAAGGUCAGACUGGUUACAUCUGCAAAUCGCGGUGUUUUAAGUGCAUCUUUCAGUUUAACAGCUAUUAGCUAAUGCGUGUAACAUGAACUAUGCUUGUAUAAGAUGAUGUGUGUUUAUCUAAGACAAUUUAUUCUCAUUUGACAUCA